AUGCCGCCCACUUACAGACACGAUUUCGUGCUCUCGUCGUUGCGGUCGAGGGUGAACGAAGAGAAACGAAGACGACGAAAAGUGCCUCGCUCUGUGGAUAGAUUUAUAAGGGAAGGUCCUGAGGACAUCAACAAUUCCACUCUGGAUACCACGCUGCUCAUAUGUCCCCGCGGCGCCGUUGGCGGUUGCAGCACCCCCGGCAGUAGAGUGGAUCCCUGGUGGAAUCCUGGUUCCCUCUUCCCCUCGCCCCCUGGGCCCCCAAGGAUCGACGAGGGGGCACCGGAUAACAACGGUGGUAGCGCCGGUUUCCAGCUCUGUUCACCGCCGAGCCGUAACGCGAAUAGUCCGCCGUCCCAUCAACGCCACCAGCCGCCAUCGUCCCACCUUCACCACCACCACCACCACCACCAGUCGAACGCGUGCAGGAACGCUACGUGCAACUACGCCAUCUCCCCUAACUUGGCCCCUUCGUGCUCGACGCAGGGCCUCGGCCGCGCGGACACGCGAGCCGCCGAUGCCGUCGUCGUAGCCUCGUACGGCGUCGCCUCGUCGUCCCCGGAGCCAUCGUCGUCUUCCUCGUCCUCGUCGUCCUCAUCGUCCUCCUCGUCGGCCGGCAAUCUCAUCCUCUCCGCCCUGCUCACCACCACCGCGGAGGACGGAGGAGUACCCGAAGAUACGAGCGGAGGAACGAAGGGCGGGAACUUCGCCACCUUCAACGCUUCCCUGCUCACCUCGUUGCUGUCCACCUCGUCCCGGAUCCAACGCCAGCGAAACGACACCGACGAGGACCACAACCACCACCACCACCACCACCACCACCACCACCACCUCGUGCCGAGGGCGUCGUGCGCCAAGCUCACGACCGAGGAGCAUCACCAUCAUCGUCAGCAAAGGGCGACGAAGGUCGAGGAGGGGACGGGCAAGGUAGAAUACCACCCCCCCCUCGCGGUGGUCGGCCAAUCGUCGAGGGAGGCCGGGGAGGAGGAGGGGCUGGGUGCCACGUCGCCCUACGACAUCGUAUCCGAAGGGAGGUGCCAGGCGUCCUCGUCCGGGAAGGGCGGCGGCGAGGUGGCCGCUGUGUCGCCAACCCCGGACAUCGUGAUCGAGAUGAAGUACGAGACCCAGUCGGGGCCCCCCGCGGCCCCCCCUCACCUCACCUCAUCCGGGGUCGAGCCCCCGCACAGCAGCCAGGGGACGGGGAUCGUGGUCGGCGGCUCCCCUGCCGAGGUGGUCGGGGUGGACAGCCUGCUCCUCUCCCCGUGGGGCGCGACCGGCCCGGACUUCCUCGAGCCGCCCGACGUGAAGCAAACGGCAGCUGGUCUGCAGGACGCGUGGGACACCCUCCUCCUCGGCUCGUCGGUCGGCGUCGCCUCCGCCCAGUCGUUGGCCGAGUUGAAGCCCCUUCCUCCCUUCACCGGGUACACAGGCCACCUGAGCAUCAACGGCAUACCCGGCCACCACUAUCACACCAUAGCCUCGUCCGCCCAGAGGCCCUCCUUACCCUCCUCCUCCCCCACCUCCUCCUCGAACCAGGAGUACUACGAGUCACCGGUCGUGUCCUCGAGCACGCCGUGCCCCCAGGGCAGCCAGAAGCAGCAGCAGCAGCAACAGCAGCAGCAGCAGCAGCAGCAACACCAGCAACAACACCAGCAACAACAGCAGCAGCAGCACCAUCAUCAACACCAUCAGCAACAACAAUUGCCGCAAUCGUCGCAGCCGGUCGACUACGACAUCGAGGACAUCGCGGAGAUAAUCGGGUCGGCGAUAGCCGACACGACGGUGCCGGGCGGCGGGAACGGGCCGGGGUCGGAGCACGACCCCGAGGCGUCCCGGGACUGGAUCGACAUAGCCGACUGGAUCGACACGGCGUGCUCCCCCAAGGCGCAGGAGACCACGUCCCCGAGCCCGUACUCGCAGAUAUACGGGACGGCGACACCCUCGACCCAGGCCCAGCAGCACGGGUCCACGUUGCAGAGCUUGCUGACGCACGGUUACGCGCCGUUGAUCAACGCCCGGCUCCAGUCGGCCAACGCCGCCCUCCAGAACACGUCCUGCGGGGAGACCCCCUCCUCGACCAGCCCCUAUCCACCGGUCAGCCCGCCGGGCAGGGUGUCCACCUCGUGCAGCCCCGACCACCUCCUGCACUCGUCGUUCGCCGCGCCCUCCCACCCAAGGAAGAGGUCGAGGCCCGCCCCCGCCUCCCAGAACCCGUCCAAGAAGAGCCCGGCCGCGGGCGCGACCGCGCUACCCUACGGGACCGAGUCGGGCCUGAUCGGGGGCAAGGAGAAACCCGUGCACAGAUGCUCCAUUUGCAACAGGGGUUUCCUGAACAAGAGCAACAUUAAGGUGCACCUGAGAACGCACACGGGCGAGAAACCGUUCAGGUGCGAGGUGUGCGGGAAAGCGUUCAGGCAGAAGGCACACUUGAUCAAGCAUCAACAGAUUCACAAGAGGAUCGGCAGGGACUAAGAUGCCCUC